GAACUAAGGACUUCUAAUGGGCUACCAUUUGCAGAUAUCAGAAUUAUAUGGGCGGAAUGUAUUUAGCAAUUUGGACCACCCUGUAUCAUAGUUAUAGUGACAAACCAUCAGUAUUGCCUGUAAAGACCAGAAUUUUGACAUGAGAAUAUAAAACCUGGAUAGGAUGGACUGACAGCAGCAAGCAGCACAGUAUAGACGCCACGAGGACAAGUACCGAAUAUUUCCGCUACCGAGAUUCGAGCGCAGGAAGCAACGUACCGGCCCAAAGCGUAGGACGAUUGAGGUUAAGGUUCACGCAGAGUGAUCAGUGAUGGCAAAUUUGCAUCGUGAUCCAUGUCUCUGAUAUACGGAAUCAAUCGGAAAAGUAACAUCAAACACGAACUAUGUUGGUUACACUGUUGUCAUAUAUCGUUACGCAAUAAAUAUUCCGGCAUGAACAGAUCUAACCUAAAAAGUGUACAUGUAGCCGCUGAAAUCGUGCCGAUUUGACACACGUACGACUUGACAUCUAUAUUUUGUGUAAAUAAAAAGCGAUUAUUUGACGCGUUAUUUAUCUCGUACAAGUUGUUCGGAUUCUAUAAAAUCGUCUGCUUUGCGAAAUAAAAAGGAUGUGGAAAACAUCAAUCAUUUGAUGCAAUGGUGUUGUUUCUUCGAAAAAUUGUAUGAACACAAUCGAGAUGCAACUGGAAACAGGACUCAUGUCAAGAUACCUCUACAUCACGUUUGUAAUAGCAUGUUAUUGGGUAGUUUCCAUUUUAACUGUAUUUGUAAAUAAGGCGCUCUUGUCCAGUAAACUUAUAAAUUUAGAUGCCCCGCUCUUUGUAACUUGGUUUCAAUGCAUCGUGAGCGUGGCUAUAUGCGUUACUUUGCGCAAACUCUCGCAAUGGUACCCGGAUUACAUAAAAAUUGCGGAUGGUAGCCCGUUUAAGAAGGAUGUUGUGAAACAGGUACUGCCAUUAUCAAUUCUCUUCACCGGAAUGAUAGUGACCAACAAUUUGUGCCUGAAGUACGUCGACGUCGCCUUCUAUUACAUCGGUCGUUCGCUCACGACUGUAUUCAACGUCGUGUUCACAUACAUCUUACUUGGGCAAAGGACGUCUUUCAAGUGUAUAAUAUGCUGCGCUGUGAUCGUCGCUGGAUUCUGGCUGGGCGUGGAUCAAGAGCACGUAGCGGGAUCUCUGUCCGUCAUCGGGACAUUUUUCGGCGUGCUCGGGUCGCUACUGUUGUCCUUGUAUUCCAUCCGUACGAAGCAAACGCUCCCGGCUGUGAAUCAAGACAUUUGGCUGCUCUCCUAUUACAAUAACAUGUACAGCAUUAUUAUCUUUAUUCCAUUAAUGAUAAUCAGUGGCGACUUGGUCAGCGUGUACAAUUACGACAAGCUCGGACAGCCCUUUUUCUGGGGUGCUAUGACGGUCGGCGGGGUGUUCGGAUUUGCCAUCGGAUACUUCACCGCGCUGCAGAUAAAAGUCACGUCGCCUCUGACGCACAACGUCAGCGGUACCGCAAAAGCUUGCGCCCAGACGGUCCUGGCGACCUAUUGGUUUAACGAGGAGAAAUCGUUUCUCUGGUGGAUGAGCAACGUUGUCGUUCUCGCCGCUAGUGCGUUUUACGCGAGGAUCAGGCAGUUGGAUUUAAGCAAAGAGUACAAAGCAGCUGAAGCGCAGCAAUUGAAGGUGUAACAUAACAGUAUGAUAAAAGGUAUCAAUAUUUUAUUCAUAUCUUUUUUAUAUUUCAUAUUGUUAUGUUAUAAUAAAUAAAAAAAAAACUUGCGCGAGUUCCUGCUUACUGGUAUAUUAAUUCAUUCGGCCGGCGUUUGUUCCAUGCUCGCUGUGAAGGUGCGCCAACAUUUAAACGCUAGAUCAAGACUCUAUUGCGUGAAAUUGUAUAUAUAAUUAGACUCUUAAAAAUGUAUAUUUAUAUUAUAAAAAUUAAUAUAUCAAUCUGAACC